AUGGCGCUGCCAAAUCAGCAGACGGUGGAUUACCCGAGCUUCAAGCUUGUGAUUGUCGGCGAUGGCGGCACAGGGAAAACCACAUUUGUGAAAAGGCAUCUCACUGGUGAAUUUGAGAAGAAAUACGAACCUACCAUUGGUGUCGAAGUUCAUCCAUUGGAUUUCUUCACAAACUGCGGGAAAAUCAGAUUUUACUGCUGGGACACUGCUGGUCAGGAGAAAUUUGGUGGCCUUAGAGAUGGUUACUACAUCCAUGGACAAUGCGCCAUUAUUAUGUUUGAUGUGACAGCACGAUUAACUUACAAGAAUGUCCCGACAUGGCAUCGUGAUCUUUGCCGUGUUUGUGAGAACAUCCCAAUUGUGCUGUGUGGGAAUAAGGUUGAUGUGAAGAACAGGCAGGUGAAGGCGAAACAGGUUACCUUCCACCGCAAGAAGAAUUUGCAGUACUAUGAAAUAUCAGCAAAGAGUAAUUACAACUUCGAGAAGCCCUUCUUGUACCUUGCCAGGAAACUUGCUGGGGAUCCUAACUUGCACUUUGUUGAGUCUCCUGCUCUUGCCCCACCUGAAGUUCAUAUUGAUUUGGCUGCUCAACAACAGCACGAGGCUGAACUUGCAGCUGCAGCUAGUCAACCUCUUCCUGAUGAUGAUGACGAUGCUUUUGAUUAA